AUGGGCUACAAAGAAGACAUGUUGACAUUUCUUCGAAUCGGGGUGGCGGUCAUAGGUUUCGUCGGAACUGUUGUCGGUUUCUUCUCCGGAAUGGGCUCUAGCCUUGAGAGGAAGACCAUGAAGGCACCAGGAAAGGAUGCUCGAAUUUUCAGGGAUGUUUUCGAAAGCAACCCGAAAGGCUAUUUUCGAAACCUGCUUGAGACAUAUGAGCCAGAAUCUGAUCAAGGAAAUUAUGAGGAAGAAGAGGUUCACUAUGUCUAUGGGAAUCAGGGGCAGAGGUUUGGAAAUCAGCAAGGUAGUAGGCCUUACAGUGGAAACAGCCAGCGCAGUAACUUUCAGGGCAACUCUUCUGGUUUCACACCCAAACCUGAAUAUCAGAAGCAGCAACAAAACAGUGGAUUCACAAGGACUUAUGGCAACAACUCAUAUCAGUCUCCACCUCCUAAGUCAGCUGAAACUAGUAAGAUGGAAGCUAUGCUUGAGCAGCUUUUGCAAGGCCAAGAGCAGAUGACAGUGACUUUCAAUGGGAAGCUGGAUAACGUCUACACUGAUCUUAAUGGGAAGCAAGAAGGUUAUCUCCCUUCAAGAACUGAAUCAAAUCCUAAACAUUCUUGCAAUGCAGUGACUUUGAGAAGUGGCAAACAACUCCAUCCUAUACCCCAGAAGAAUCAAACUGAUGAUCUACAGGAGUUGAUUGAUAUAGACGACGAAGAGGAUGUUUCUGCCGAGCCAGUAUCGACCGACACACAUGGGCAUCGGUCGACACCCAAACCAUGCGAAGUUUCGGACAAAAUCCCAGAACAAAGCGUCGAUCGACACCAACCAGGUGGCAUCGAUCAACGCCAACCAUGGACAGAAACUGCGAAUGUGAGGUCUCCUACUCCAGUUGCAGAAAGAGUUUACACACCUAAGGUUCCAUUCCCCAAGAAUCCAAGGAAGUCUAAACAAGAGCUAGAUGAUGCUAAGUGCAAAGCCAUGAUGGAUAAGCUUAUUCUUGAGUUGCCUUUGGUUGAUGCUGUUAAGACUUCUCCAAUGCUUAGGAGAUAUGUCAAGAGGAUGGUAACCAAGGAUUUUAAUGCUGAGCAAGGAGUUAUGAUGAUAUCAGCCCAAGUCAGUGCCAUCAUUCAGAACAAGAUCCCAAAAAAACUUCCUGAUCUAGGGAGCUUUGUUCUUGACUGCACUAUCUUCACUGACAGAUUUGCUAGAUCUUUGUGUGAUCUUGGUUCUAGUGUCAACCUUAUGCCAAGAUCAGUAGCACUCAGCCUGGGAAUGACAGACUUCCAGCCUACUAAGCUCACUCUCAUCCUUGCUGACCGGUCUGUUCGCAUUCCAGAUGGUGUUCUUGAAGAUUAUGAGGAGGAACCCAAGGACCCUCUUAUUCUGGGACGAUCAUUCUUAGCUACUGCUGGAGCUAUAAUUGAUGUCAAGAAGGGUUAG